UGCAUCCUGCCUUCACUUCGAGAAACUUCUAUACAUAUACUGAGGACAAUUCUUGUGGAUAAGGACAACAUCUAGUGAGUCUGUUCCAAUUAUUUCCUUUCUAUAUAAUCUCCGCAUACUUUCGUGCAAUUGGUGCUUAUUUUUCAAUUAUUCUUUUUUUUUCCUUCUUUCACUACUUCAAAAUAAGUCAAUAGUCGCCAAUACCUAUAUACAUAUUUAAUAUAUCUAAUAUUUAAACGCAUCUUGCUUACUUUUAUAUUAUACAUAUUCGAUUGUAUUAAGCGUGCGUAUAGAUAAAAUCUCGCAUCAAUAUUCGUAGGUACAUUUGGCUAACGAUUGCAUUAUUGCACCGCAUGGACUUUGCACUACGCUGCAGCUGACCGUAACUUCACUCGCGGUCAAGGUCGUGCUUAUCUAUUCAAUAGAAAUUAUUUCUUUUGCUCGUGUUACUACGCAGUUAUUAUAAUUGAAUAGCAUCUUUACAUAUUUUAUAUACAUAAAUAACUUUUCUUUUUCAUUUCUAUAUUUAUUUUUCGAUAUUAAUUUAUAAUCUUUUCGUUAUAUUAAGUUAAAACUUAUUUAGCAAUGGCAAAUAACGAAGAUUUAUUAUGUAGAAAACGCAGUGCUAUGAAAGCUAAAUUAACUAAUUUUAGUAAUUUUAUUACUGUACUUCUCAGCUGUGAAUCUAUUUCGGACCUCCAACGCAUUGAGUUGGAAGGCCGUCUAAGUAAAUUCGAUGCAUUGUUUGGUGAAUUCGAUGAAUUACAGUUGGAGAUCGAAGUACUUGCGGAUAACCCAGAGGGAGCGUAUGCAGAGCGAACCAAGUUCGAGGAACGGUAUCACUCAUUGGCUGCGCAGGCGCGUUUACUACUUGGCACUGGCAAUGCUGCCUGCGCCGGUGGUGACGGCGGGUCUGUAGCGGGCUCUUCGAAUAAAAACACAGGUCAAUCGUUCCAAAAUGGCUUUAUACGCAUGCCGACCAUCAAUUUACCUCAUUAUGACGGUAGUUAUAAUUACUGGCUAGAGUAUAGAGAGACAUAUUUAUCGCUUAUCCAUAAUAGUAGCGCGAUAGAUGACAUUAGUAAAUUCCACUACCUUCGUGCGUCAUUAAAAGGAAGCGCAAAAGAAAUAAUUAAGAAUAUUGAUUUCAAAGGAGACAAUUAUCAAAUGGCGUGGAGUUUACUAUGUGAUCGGUAUGAUAACAGUAGACUUUUAGUGCAUAACCACGUGCAGGCACUGUUCAAUGUUGAUAAGCUGCCAAAAGAAUCACAUUUGUCGUUACGUUCACUCAUAGAUAGCAUUAAUAAAAAUAUUAGAGCGUUAAAAACAUUGAACGAGCCCACGGAUUCUUGGGAUACGCUUAUAGUGUAUAUGAUGUCAUGCAAAUUAGAUCCCAUCACUAGUAGGAACUGGGAGGAGUAUCGCAAUACAUUGGAUACUGCACCCACUUUAUCACAAUUUUGUAAAUUCAUUAGCAACAAAGCAGAUUUAUUAGAAACAUUAGAAAACAAUAAUCAAAAUCAUAAAAUAAUACAUAAAUUAGAUAAUAAACAAAAAAGCUUCAUAGUUGCCACUAAUAAUUAUAACAAUCAUAACAAUAAUCAUAACUCAAACCAAAUUUCUUACAAUAAAACCCCAUUAAAAUGCCCCCUUUGUUUUAAACACCAUCUAUUAUAUACAUGUGAAUCUUUCAGAAAUCUAUCUAUAGAAUCACGAGUUUGUAAAUCAAAGGAACUCAAUGUGUGUAUGAAUUGUUUACGCACAGGUCAUAUCACAUCAAGAUGUAGAUUAUCACGCUGCAAAUAUUGCAAAGGAAAGCAUAAUACUCUCUUGCAUGUAGAUGACCAGACCAUGUCUACGUCUAUUAAUAAUUCUAUGCCUAGUAGUAGUAGUAGUGUCGCCCUUCCUAUUGACAUUGCCGGUAUUUCUUCUACUAAUUGUCCAACAGGCAAUGUCGCUUUAUCUUGUGACACUAUCAUACAGAAUACUACUUCUUCUAUUUUACUGUCCACAGCUAUGGUGAAGGUUGUGAGCGAUGACGGUGAGAAGUUCGACGCCAGGAUCCUACUCGAUAAUGGUAGCACAGCCAAUUUUAUUACGCAGACGCUUAGUAACAAGCUGAGAUUGCCUCGGCGGAACAUUAACUCCACAAUAACAGGUAUAAAUAGCCAAACAUCAAAUAGUACACAAUCUUGUAAUCUUACUAUUAUAUCACUUGAUGACAAUUUUAAAAUUAAUAUUGACUGCUAUAUUCUGCCUGAAAUUACAAAACUGUUACCUCCAACUUCAAUUGACAUUCGCAACAUUCCUAUACCUUCAAAUUUACAGUUAGCCGACCCUUCUUUCUAUUGUCCGUCACCUAUUGACAUAUUAGUUGGUGCUGAAGUAUUUUGGGCGGUUCUCGGUAGUGCAUCUAUUAAACUCGGUAAAAACCAACCUACAUUAUAUGCAUCUAAAUUCGGUUGGAUAGUUACCGGUCCUGUGAUUGUUUCAUCAAAGUCUUUCUCAACAAAACAAUCGCAUUAUUGUAAUCUACAAACUAAUGAAUUAAACUUAAAUUUAAAUAAAUUCUGGGAGUUGGAUUCGGUUCCUUUAAAAUAUAGUUUAUCUCCAGAAGAACGAGCCUGUGAGGAAAGCUUUCGUACUAAUACCACUCGAAACAAAGACGGUCGUUUUAUGGUUACUUAUCCAUUGAAAGACAACUGUAACACGUUAGGUAAUUCUUAUGAAAUGGCUAAACGUCGAUUUCUUUAG